UGUGGGCACCUGGUCAGGUGACUCAGGAAAAUGAGUGUUAAUGUCAGAUAACAUUCUCCGGCCUCAUUGGAUAAAUACUUCAGACCACCCUCUCUGGCAAAACUGUAAGAGACAUUCUCCAGAUGUGCAUAGACAUACUCCGAGAGAGAACAUACGCAGCUCUGAACUGGGAGCUAAGACAGACACUGCAGACACAGAUCUGCUACGAAGUGAAACGAAAACUGAAGAAAAGAGAACAGAACGACGUUCACUGAGAAGAUAGAACUCAGCAUAAGAAGAAACGUGACAUGGAGUCCACAUCGGCUCUGCUGGCCCUGCUCUUUAUACAUAUGAGCCAUCCACCACCUGCCCACUCCGACCUACAGACCCAACCCAGAGACAAGUCAGAGUCCAUCCUCACAAAGACAUAUGCCCAGACCUUUCUCUUGAAGUAUGGCUGGAUGGAGCCGGUCCACUGGGAUUCUUUACCAUUCCGAGGAGUCCCUGCAGCUUCAACAGAUGUCUCCAGCCUCCCCAGUGAGGGGCAACCUUCACCUUCCAACCAACCAGACAUCCCCAAGUAUCCAGAGCCAACACUAAAUCCAAGAUUCAUCGGAGCACUGAAAAGAUUUCAGGAGGCCAACAGGCUGAAGGUGACCGGAGAGCUGGAUGAGGCCACCCGAGAAGCCAUGAACGCUCCCCGCUGUGGAGUCCCUGAUCGAAAGAUUCCAGUGGUCGAGAAAACUGAGGAUGUGAGCCCAACCAAGAGUGACCCCUCAAAGCCAGAUAUCAACCAGAAUGGUGAAUAUUCACACGUUACCAUGACCCCUGUCAUGGCCACCAGUCAGAGGAUCCAGAGGGAUCUGAUGGGAAAGAGAAGGAUAGUCCACCCAGAAACCGAGGACAACCAGAAGCUGGAGCGUCACGUCAGGAAGAAACGAGGCGAUCUCCUACGGGCAGGAACUAAGAAAGUGGCCUUCUCCAAGGCUACCAUAAAAUGGAGGCUACUGGGGGAGGGGUAUAGCGUGUGGCUGACCAUUGACCAGCAGAGGUCUAUCCUCAUGCGGGCCUUCCGAAUCUGGAGUGAAGUCGUCCCCCUCAACUUUGAAGAGGAUCUGACUUCCCCCGCACACCUCAUUGACAUCAAACUGGGCUUUGGAACCAGGAGGCACUUGGGCUGCUCUCAGCUCUUCGAUGGGAUGGGCAGGGAGUUCGCUCAUGCCUGGCGUCUUGGAGACAUCCACUUUGAUGAUGAUGAACACUUUGUGCCUCCCAAUAGUGAUCAGGGGAUCAGUCUACUGAAGGUUGCUGUGCAUGAGAUCGGACAUGUCCUCGGCCUCAGUCACAUGAACAGGAUCACCUCUGUUAUGCAGCCAAACUACAUCCCAGCCAACAGUAGGAUGGAACUCGAUGGAACUGAUAGGAGGGCGAUCCAGAGAAUAUAUGGUCAAUGUUCUGGACGGUUCAGUACGGUGUUUGACUGGGUUCACCAGGACCGCAGCUCACCGGGUAACUGGGUCUUUCAGACAUACUUCUUCCGAAAGAGCUGGUACUGGAUGUAUGAAAACCGCAGCAAACGCACCCGAUAUCGAGACCCCCGGAUAUUAUCCAAUGGUUGGAGGGGUAUUCCCGACUCCAACAUCGAUGCCUUUCUACAUAUCUGGUCACGUGACAAGGACCUCACCCUGUUCUUCAAAGGCACCCAGUACUGGCGCUAUGAUAACGAGAAUGAUAGGGCCUAUGUACAGGACCCAGAGGGCCACGUCUAUCCUCGCCUCAUCUCUGAUGGCUUCCCGGGCAUCAAUGGACCCAUUGACACAGCCCUCUAUGACCGCAAGGAGAGGAAUGUCUACUUUUUCCGGGGAAGGAACGUGACAGCUUUCAGUGUGGACAACCAUACCGUGGUCCCCGGGUACCCUAGAGCCAUCACUGACGUGUUCCCUGCACAUGUAAAUGGAGAUCAUCCUCAGAGUGACCUAGACGCCGUCUACUACUCCUUCACCCAUAAGAGCGUAUUCUUCAUCAAGGACGAGUAUGUCUGGAGGAUGGUGGGAGACAGAGAUAUGCAGUACAGCGCGUCCACUAAUGCCCUCCUUCCUCGUAGCCCUAUCAAUGACCUGUGGUCUGAUAUCUGCGAUGUUCAUCCAUCAAUGCUGAGUGCGCCCAGAAGAUGAGUCUCCUCUGGAACCACAAUGAGGAUUUACUGGACCAGAAUCGCCAAAGAUCCAACACCAAUAAGACUGAGACACUUGGUGGACAUUCUAACCAUUUGUACAAUGGAGGACAAGAGGUUUGGUGGGGCAAUAUCUGAUUACAUGCAGGAGAAGAGGCUCAUCACUCAUACGCAAGUUCAAAUUGCCCAUUGGGACCCUUACUUUAAAAGUUAAGGCCAGAAGGUUUAUUUGGGGUCAUCACUCCCACAAUAGAUGGCAAGGGGCUUAGUGGAGCCAACACUAAUAUAAUGGGGGGGGGGGGCAAAAAGAUUAGUAGGGUCAUUUGUAUGAAUUAGGGCAGACAGUUAAGUGAGGUCACCACUAAUAUAAUGGAGAGCAGAAGGUUUAGUGGGGUUACCACUAAUAUAAUGGAGAGCAGAAGGUUUAGUGGGGUCAUCACUAAUAUAAUGGAGGGCAGAAGGUUUAGUGUGAUCAUCACUCAAACAAUGGAGGCUUAUUUUGGUCAUCAUCCACACACUGGAGGGCUGAAGUAGAAGUAUCCACAAUAAGUUUUAGCUUCCAGGACCUUCUAGCACUUCAGCUUGUCCUGCUGGUCAUACAUAAGGUGGACAUUAACAGCUUGAACGUUUGUUACUCAAGACAAGAGACACCGUGAGCUCCAUGAUGUCUCAAUGUACUAUGUCCAUGACAAUGUUCCUUCCAGGAAUUACU